CAGCUGAGCGGUCGCAUGACUCAGAGCCGCCGUCUUCACUUCCUGAGGAUAUAGGGACUAUUUAAUGCACAUGUAACAUAACGGGUGUGGCUGAGUCAGAGGCGGGGCUUGAAAGAUGCCGUCCAAUAAGAGUGUUUCAGAUGCCUGCAUCACUCAGUUUGUGAACUGUCGAAUCCUCCGAGAGCAUCGGCUCCAGAGAGAGGAUCUGUGGGUGCGGGAUGGAAAGAUCUUGAACCCGGAGAAGCUGUUUUUUGACGAACAAGGUUUUGCAGACCAUAAAGUCGACUGUGGGAAUAAAAUCAUCGCACCCGGAUUCAUAGAUUUACAGAUCAACGGUGGAUACGGCAUCGACUUCUCACAGGCCACCGAUGACAUCACAGGGGGCGUGGCCCAGGUGGCCAAAAGAUUAUUAGAACACGGCGUCACUUCCUUCUGCCCCACCCUGGUGACCUCUCCUCCCGCGAUUUAUCACCAGGUGAUCCCUCAGCUGAAGGUGAAGGAUGGAGGAGCAGAUGGAGCUGGAGUGCUGGGUCUUCAUCUGGAGGGGCCGUUCAUCAGUGAGGAGAAGAGGGGUGCACACCCUCCCCGCUUUCUCAAACCCUUUACAAAAGGGGGCAUGGACGACCUGUUGGAGACCUACGGGCAGCUGGAGAAUGUCGCCAUGGUUACGUUGGCUCCGGAGCUGCCCGGCAGCGGGUCGGCGAUCCGUGAGCUGGCACGAAGGGGCAUCACGGUGUCACUGGGUCACUCCAUGGCUGAUCUGUCUCAGGCUGAGGAGGCCGUCAUGAACGGAGCUUCAUUCAUCACACACCUCUUCAACGCCAUGUUACCUUUUCAUCACAGAGACCCGGGAAUUGUGGGAUUGCUGACGAGUGACCGUGUACCCGCGGGUCGCACUGUUUAUUAUGGGAUGAUCGCUGAUGGGAUACACACACACCCAGCAGCACUGAGAAUCGCCCACCGUGCUCAUCCUGCAGGGUUGGUGUUGGUCACAGAUGCGGUUCCAGCAAUGGGUCUGCCUGCUGGUCGACACACGCUCGGACAGCAAGAGAUUCACAUACAAGGACUGCACGCCUACGUAGCAGGAACCAAGACACUGAGCGGCAGCAUCGCCACUUUGGACAUGUGUGUCAGACACUUCAAAGAGGCUUCUGGCUGUACGGUGGAGGCGGCAUUGGAAGCUGCCUCUCUGCACCCCGCUCAGUUGCUGGGUAUCAACCACAGAAAGGGAACCCUGGACUACGAGGCUGAUGCAGAUUUCGUCGUACUGGAAGACACACUGGCAGUUCGAGAAACCUACAUCGCUGGCCAACUGGUCUGGAAGAAGUGAUGUCAUCUGGAUAGUGUUCUCUGAUUGGACGGCUUCUAUCGCUGGGGGGGGGGGGGGGGGAUCAAUAAACUGACUGAGCUGUAAGCAAAAGGAUUUUAAUUAUUAAAGUAACAUGUGACAUUGUGAGGUAUUGGGUCACCACGAGCCACCAGAGGAGCUUCAGUUCAGCAGGGCUUCGGUUCGAGUCUCUGGACCAGUUCUGGAUUGAUGGAACACUGGUCUUCUGAAAGAUUUUCCCUUGGCUGGUGUGUUUAUGAUGGUGCACAAGACACCAAAAUCCAGUACGUGUGUUGAGAUCUGGCGUGUUUUACAUCAUUUUUCAUCCUGGAAGAGACCACACCCAUCAGGACAGCGAUCCAUCAGGAUAACCUCGUGCUGCUGAUUUACAAAGAUUUACUUUUUUUAGCAUUUAGCAGACUCCUUUAUCCAAAGCAACUUAUAUUACAGUUACAGUAUACAGUCAAUUUAUGGUUAACGGCCUUGAACCAGCAACCUCCUGAUUACUAGUCCAAUACCUUAACCACUAGGCUACAGCGUGUCCUCUUCAGCAGGAAAAGAGGACAAAUUAUUGUAGCGUAACUGUAUUACUCUAGGGGGUUAAGAGUUUAGGCUUUCGCUGUUCUCUUGGUACCUGAAAACAAAAGUCUCUGCGAGCAAACCCCUUUUCACCGAGGUCACCGAGAUCCAUUCUGCGUAACGUCUUGAUGGGAUUUGAAUCGCGUCCUGCAGUACAAGCCACCUGGAUGCGCCUGUUUUAUUUUCCUGGAUACUGUCACCCGUUUGUCAGAGCCAUGAGGGAGACGUUCUGGGUGCAGGUCAGGAAAUUUAGUAAAUGAAGGGUUCAGCCAUUUCAAACUCCAAGAAAUCCCUGGGGAAAGGAGGGGUGGGGGGGAUGGGGGGGUCCUUUGCUUUCUCAAUAUUAUUUCAAUCUCUUGAAGGUUUCAUGGCUGUGUUUGACUGAAUUACAUUAUAUAGAAGAUAUAAAGAUUAUCCAUGUAAAUAAACUGCUUCUUAUUCUA